UCUUUAGUCAUUGAAGGCAAUGGAUAAAUAAUCAUGUUAUCUAUUUCUACCACUGAUUCAGAAUCCUUCUCUAUAGUAUAAUUUCAUGAAUCCGCUGCCUCCACUGGUCAAAAGUUUUGUUGAUUUUUCUUAUUUCUGUCGCCUUAUGUUAGAAAGUUAUUCUCAAUCUAAAAAUAUCUCACUAAGCAAUCCUCCUGACUCCGUUUGGCUGUAUUUUGGGAGUAGAUACAGUAUAAACAAUGUCCUCAUGUCUACAGGGAGUGUGCCUGGUUGACCCAUACAGUCUGAUGUAGUUCCUCAGGCCGCCAGUAGGUGUCGGUGUGAACCAGCUUGUUGAACCUCUGCAGACGAUCCUCUGGUCGUCUGUUAACAGGAAAACUCUGAGAGUAUUGUGAGCCUCGGUGUGGAUGUGGCUGCAGAGGAAGAGAGAUGCUCUGCAUCGCGUCUGGAGGAGGAAGUUGUUUGAUUCAACAGCAAAACGUGUGAAAACUUGCAGCAGAUCAUUACAGCUUCGUCAUGAACAUCCAGCUCAGUUUGCUCUGCUGCUUCUUCUUCUCCUGGCCUCUCACACUUUGCAACACAUCUACACUCUGCAGGACAGAAUCAGCAGUUCUGCUAAUGCACCAAUAAAUAUAUAUGGAGCAGCUGGAGAAGAGGUCAGAGUUCAAUGUGGGAUUUCUCUGUUUGAAAACUGGAAGAUCUUCUGCAGGGAAAACUGUGAAGGAGGAAACAUCCUAAUUAAAACAAAUCAACCCACCGGCCACAGUGGAAGAUACAGAACUGAAUAUGUUAAAGAAGCUACUUCUGCUUUUUCUCUCUAUGUGAGCAUCUCAGCGCUGACCCGGUCCGAUGAAGGACGGUACCGAUGCGGUUUGGGCGACUCGUCAUCAUCAGGUUCAUACCAAGACUUCAGACUGGUUGUUGCAGACGCUCUGCUGGAUGGAAACAAAGUUCCUCACCUCCAUAAAGACGCUGGCAGCUCACUGACAGUCGCCUGUUCCUUUAAACGCUCUGGAAGGAAACAACAGUUCUGCAGAGGAGGAUGUGGAAAAGAAGAAGUUCUUCUUCAGACUGAUGGAGUCACAGCUGAUAAAAGCAGAUACUAUAUGAAAUAUGAAGAACAAAAAUCCAGAGCAUUUCUGUUGGUGACCAUCAAACAGCUGGUCCAGUCUGAUUCUGAUUGGUACCGAUGUAAACUGUAUGGAACUGGUUCCAGUAGUUCAUACAGAGACUUUCAGGUCACUGUCAGAACUGCCUCCACACCAUCAACUGGAACCAGUUUCAGCUCCAGUUCAGGAAGCUUCACACCUUCACUUCCCUCUGAAACCUCUGGUCUGAAUCAGGAGAACUCGACAUCUAAAGGUUCACCAACCCACAGGUCUGCAGAUGUUCUACGGUUUGUGGUUCUGACACUGGUUGUCAUCAUCCUGUCAUCUUUGCUUCUGCUGGUUUGCUGCAGAAAAAGAUCUGAAAAACACACAA